CCAUAACAAAGUCAGGGAAGACCUCGCGGGCCGUUAUCUCUGUGAACCAUACGGUCCAGUAUGAAACUCCUGUUUGUCCUCUUUCUGAAAGCUUUUGUUGCUAGCGCAAUACAGUGCCCGGGGGGCUGGGCACCUCACGCCUCGUCGUGUUAUGCGUUUGAGACGUCAGCACGUGAACACUGGGCGAUGGCUUCGUAUUUUUGUAGCCUUCACGAGGCUUAUUUGGUGGAAAUAAACUCAGCAACAGAAAAUGAUUUUCUUAUCAAGCACUUGACUGCCAUGGGAGUUAAUGCCGAUUUCUGGAUUGGUCUAACGGACGAUUCUAUGGAGGGUACAUGGGAAUGGCUUCCAGCAGGGGCCAACCCCGGAUACACUGCCUGGGCCCCUGGGCAGCCAGAUAAUGGUCAUAACGAGGACUGUGCCCUGCUGUCUCACUCUAGGAACUAUCUGUGGAACGACGACCAGUGCGACAAUUCUCACUACUUCAUUUGUGAGAAAGAAGCGAAUAAUGGAAAUUCGAUAAUUAUUGGAUAACUGGGAUUGUGGAUAAUGAGGCAAGACCCAUAUGGCCGAAAACGAAAUGUUAUAAAUUAAAUUUAUUUAAAACUGAUGUCAUUUUCGCAAAGCCAAUAAAUAUGAAGCAUACUUGAAUAGAACUUUUGCAUGAU